AUGGCGGCAAAGCUUGAAGAGUCGAGCUCAGAGCUCUACGAGCGCUGCACAAACGCCGCACUCAGCUCACCGGAAGGACGCGCCAAAAUCUUCGGUCAGGAUGAGCUGCUCAAGAUGGGUGUGGUGGAUUCGGCGCAAGCUUUGUUGGAGCUCUUGCAGGGGUUGAUGGAUGCGCAGUUGGUGCGGUUGAUGCAGAUGGAGGGCAAAAUCUGCUAUGCCUUGCGCACAAAGGAUGAUGCUGCAAAAAUUGUCACUCUCAACGAUGACGAACGCAUGGUGUAUAACCAAAUCGAAAACAGCGGUACGAACGGCACCUGGACAAAAACCAUCAAACAACGCACAAACAUCCAUCAAACCACCGUUACAAAAGCCAUGAAGACGCUCGAAGGCAAGAAACUCGUCAAACCCGUAAAGUCGAUCAAGAACCCCGCUCAGAAAAUCUACAUGCUCUACCAUCUCAGUCCAAAUGAAGAUGUCACCGGAGGCCCAUGGUUCAGCGACGGUGAACUGGAUGUAGAGUUGAUUGCUAUCACUGCAGACGCCGUCAUCCAUUUCAUUGCACAGAAUAGUUGGAAGACUGUGUUUAUCAAGCGCGAACCCAGUCCGGAACACGAUGGCAUCAGUGGAAAGAAGAGAAAGAGAAAUGAGGCAGCGGAUAUCGAAGGCUCACACCCAAAAUCUCGCAGAGCAGGUGGCUACGAAACGCAAAUCUCCUACCCAGCAGGCUGGCGCAAUUAUCCCACCGUCUCGGCAAUCCACCACUUCAUCACCGAGGCCGGCUUUCUCAAAGACAGCUCUGCACUUGCCGAGUCUGAUCUUCAGAAUCUGCUGGAUGUGUUGGUGUUUGAUGAGAGGAUUGAGAGGAUAGGCAAUGGAUACAGGACUUGCAAAGGUGUCUUUGGCGCUACGGAAGCUAUGAAGAACAUCAUGCAGGGAAGGCAGGUUGGAGAUGCUGUGGAGGAGGUAGAGGGGAACGGGUUGAGCCAGGCGCCUUGUGGGAGGUGUCCUGUCUUUAAUCUGUGUGAAGAUGGUGGGCCUGUCAAUGCGAAGAACUGCGAGUACUUCCAGACUUGGCUGAGAGCUUGA